UGCAGGGUUUGGUAGGAGAGAAAGGGAGCCGAAGAGAACCGAGCUUUUGUUUUAAAAUUCACACCUUCCGUUAUGACUAAGUGUGCCAAGAGAUAUCGAAAAGGAACUGUCAGACAGAUGACCAUGGAAAUGGUUGAACAGGAUGACAAUGCAGUGGAUUCUAUGACAGAGGGAAGUGCUGGUCACCUUCAGAAUCAGUCAGGCCGAAGUCAGAUUUCCUCAGGAUCUGAGGUUUCUGUAGCUGCUUCAAGUGCUGGAAGAGGAUCUCCAGCUGUAACUCUAGUGCAGUUGCCUUCUGGUCAAACUGUUCAUGUCCAGGGUGUCAUUCAAGCCACACAGCCCUCAGUCAUUCAGUCACCACACAUGCAAGCUGUUCAGGUAGCAUCGAUUGCAGAUGAAGCUGCAGUAUCAGAAGUGAUAAUUGAUUCCCAAAAACGUAGGGAAAUACUUUCAAGAAGGCCUUCAUACCGAAAAAUUUUGAAUGAACUUUCAUCAGAUGCUCCUGCAGUAGCAAAGAUUGAAGAAGAAGAGAAGUCAGAAGAUGAAGGAACUCCUUCUGGUAUUUCUGCCAUGGCCAUGCCAACCAGCCUGUAUCAUACUAACACAGGGCAAUACCUUACUAUAUCUCAAGGUGGUACAAUCCAGACAGUGACAAAUUCAGGAGCUCCUCAGCCAGGUGCUACCAUUGUGCAAUAUGCAGGACAGUCAUCUGAUGGCACACAACAGUUUUUUGUUCCUGGAAGCCAAGUCGUUGUUCAAGCUGCCACUGGAGACAUGCCAGCUUACCAGAUUCGAACUCCCACUACCACCUUACCUCAGGGAGUGGUCAUGGCAGCCUCACCAGGGACUUUGCAUAGUCCUCAGCAAAUGGCAGAAGAGGCAACACGCAAGAGAGAGCUGAGACUUUUGAAAAAUAGGGAAGCUGCCAGAGAAUGUCGCAGAAAGAAGAAAGAAUAUGUCAAAUGUCUUGAAAAUCGUGUGGCUGUGCUUGAAAACCAAAACAAGACUCUCAUUGAGGAACUCAAGGCCCUCAAAGAUCUUUAUUGUCAUAAAGCAGAAUAACUGUCUUUCAUUUGGACCUCGUUUAUUAUGAACUUUAAUCAAGGCAUGAGAGGAAGCAAUUCUACAGAUUGCCAUAUGAACUUGAGAAAGAGACACUUGAGGCCCUUGUGGAACCCAGUUUUGCUUAGUGUUGUCAGACUGAUUUGGGAGAUAUUCCAAAAUUUGGAAUUCUGUCAUAGUCUCCAUACUCUGCUGAGCUUUCUAAUGGCAUGCAAAUGGCUUUUUUGUUUGCACUUUUUACUUCUGCUUUUUGCAGGGAAGCUGCUAAAGAAUGUCGACGUCGGAAGAAAGAAUACAUAAAAUGUCUGGAGAGUCGUGUUGCAGUGCUAGAAGUUCAGAACAAGAAACUUAUACAGGAGCUUGAAACCCUAAAAGACAUUUGCUCUUCCAAAACAGAUUAGUAAAAAUAUUUAUUAUACUGUGAACUAAGAUAUGUCCAGUUGCUUUAUAAGACAAUACAUAGCCAAUGUGAAUUAUGGCUUCCUCUUUGUGUCAUUUAUAUUAUAUUCCAACUCCUAACAUUCCGGAAUGCUUUCCUGCUUUUUGUCAAUUCAUAGCUCUAAUUUCAGGUUUUUCAUGCUCCUCCCUUCCGUCUCCCAAGGAGCCAAAUGUUAAAAAAUAUAACAGAGUAAAAAAGCGCAUAAUUUCUAAGAGCUGUUUCUUUGCCAUAUAUUUACAUACUACUUUUUACAUGUUACUGAGUGUCCUGCACAUAGAAAAUAUUUUACAAUUGUUUUAGAUGAAUUAUAAAGAUGAUGCAUCCAGUAAUAUGAGAAAAUCAAACCACCCAAGGUAUCUCAGGAAAGAGUUUAUAAAAGAAUGUUAUGAUUAUAUGUAUGUAUACUAGCAUACUAGUCUACAGAUGAUUUUAUGGCAUAUUUUUAUAUUAGUUGCUUUGUGGAAAAAAAGUAUUGUAUUGCUGUCACUGAGUGCCAUGGUUAAAGAUAGUUUUUAAUAGAACCAUGUUGUUUAACCUGUGUAGUGUCUGAUUUCCUUUAAACACCUGGUUGAGCUGCUUUAAAAGCCAUGAGUAUCUGGAAGAGGACAAAGGAAAAAACCACACCUAAGCUCAUGACAUGAUGCUAAACAUAUUGUAAAUACUUGUAAGAAGCUCUCUGUUAUAUGGCUGCUAUCUAAAUUUUCUGUAGUCUGCAGAAUAUUUGAUUUAUUAGAGGUCUGUAUAUCAAAAUUUAAAUUUGCAUCCUGAAUACUUCACAUUCUUGAUUCUGUACACCUGUGGACAGUUGCCUAUAGUGAAGACUGAUGGUGCAGUUUUUUCACAGUUUCAGCAAACUACUGAGUGAUGAUAAAGGUGUCCUAAAGAAGGAAACUUUCCAAUAAACAGUAACUAUUUGCUGAUUCACUGGGUUUUGAAAUAGCCCAUAGGUGAGAGCUGAAGAUCUUUAAAAUAAACCCAUGUUUAAAGUAGAUUACAACUCUUGUAAAUACAGAAUGUGCCACUUUCCAUUGUGCUUUGAAAGAAAAUAGUGCUUAUGCAAAGUAGCUUCUGGGUAUUUCUUUAAUUCAGGAGUGAUCUAAUUGUUUGUUGGCCACUACAGUCUGCGAGGAGAGUAUUUGGGAGCUUUGCUGGAACUAAUAGCACCAUUGCCUUACUGAUGUGGUAGGAAGAAAGGCUUGGUUCCUACUUAAUUGGCUUUACUGAGGAGAGUGUGUGUGUGUGGAGGGGAGGAGGGAUGGAAUCAUACUGAAGUCAUUGAGACUUCUUAAUUUAAUUUAAACUGAAUUUGCAUUUAACCCACUUCACUCUGACCCUGUUGGGAUGGGUUGGUUCAUGUAUAUCUUUUUUUCUUGUUUCCCAAAUUACUUGAAAUACACAGGAUAACUUUCUCGAAUCUUUUGAAAGUCCUAUUAGGUACGUAAGUGAGACUGUUUGUAAGAAGAAGUCUUCUCUCUCACUUCUCGCCAGCCACAUCAGUUGAUU